UCUCUGCGUGUUGAUGGGACAUCGAAUUAGUUCGUGAGCGUCUUUAGGUUUGUUUUAAAAAAUUGUUUCGAUUUUAAUAUAUUUGACAAAAAUCCUCAAGACUAUAUUUGCCAAUAAUUACGUGUUUCGAAACUUAUAUACACAAUGCCCGAAAAACCGACAAAAUCGGAGCCUAGAAAGGAGGAAGUCGAACUUGAAACGCAGUUCAUAAUGCGAAUGCCCCUGGAACCUGCUAGGCUACUGAGGGAAGCAAUUCAGACCGGAGCCAACAAUCUGAAGGAUCGACUUACAAUUCGAUUGGAAGCGGAUUUACGUUAUGGCGAGGUCCGCUUUGAUCACUGGCUUUUACAUGCCAAAGUCGUUGAUCUUCCAACUAUAGUAGAAACUCUAAAAACUAUUGAUGGAAAAAACUUCUACAAAACCGCUGAUUUGUGUCAACUUAUGAUUUGCAAGGAAGAGCCGGAAAUACCUUCAGCCGAAGAGGAAUCACCUGUCAAAAACAAGAAGAAAGAUCCAAACAAGGUUGACAAAAAGUUUUUGUGGCCUCAUGGGAUAACUCCUCCGUGUAAGAAUGUACGUAAGCGCCGUUUCCGGAAAACGCUAAAGAAAAAAUACGUGGAAGCUCCAGAAAUCGAAAAAGAAGUCAAACGACUGCUGCGGGUUGAUAACGAGGCAGUUAAUGUAAAAUGGGAUCUGAUUACGGAGGAUGAGGAUCCAAACAGAUCAGCUUUGGAUGCGAAACAUGAAUCCGGUGCUCCAAACAAAAGUCCCUCGAAAGGUGGUAAAAAGGGAACAACCAGUAAAGAUGUCGGAGAACAUGACAUUUUUGGCGAAGAAGUCUCCGAUUCGGAUGAUGAUGAAAAUCCCAUUAACAAAAGCAUAGAUAUCGACGAGAGUAGUCGUUUAUCGGCCGAAGCUGACGAUAGUCGUUUAUCGGAUUCCAGCUCCUGCCAGGGAACACAGUCCUCUGAUAAAAAUUUAGCCGUCGAGUUUAGUAAAAGUAUGUUCGGUAGUGUUUCGGGAAGUGGCGGUUCUCGUUCAAGAAAGUUUGAAACACCAACAGGGUCUAAGUACGGAGAUAAUUCACGUCUUGAUUCGGAUAACGAGUCGACGGAAUUCAUGACGUCCUCACGGGAUCUUAUCAGCAGUCGUAUGUACGAGCUUCGAAGGCAAUUGAGUGAACUAAAGGCACAAAGGAUCCAAAAGGAGCAAGAAAUACGAACGAUCGAAAACCAAACUCUUCGUCAACGCUUGCAGGAUAACCUCGACAGUUUGCUAAGUCAGAUUGUUGAAAAAGAAAUGGAGAUUCAAGAGUUGGAAAUGAUGCAGUAGGGCUAUGCAAAACUAAUUCAAUACUAAUUCAAUUUACCCAAGAAAAACUGUUAACGAAACUAUUCCUAAAAAUAUCACUUUCUUGAUAAGUGUAAA